CCCCCGAGGCUCAGCGGCUCGCGGAGAAGGAGGGAGUGCGCGCCUCGACUAGAGGCACAAACGGUCUGUUCUCACAGCAAAAAAACGAUAAAUUUAGCCGAUACAUGGCGAAAUUUGCUUUAUUCGACGCCACGACACGUAUCCAUUUCGGACCGCGGCUCUGACAGCGACAGGCGAAGUGAAUAUCCGCAUCUCACAGUUGUUGGACUUUGCCUGGUUUUCUGAGGGCUUUUAUAGCAGAUUCGUGCUCGGAGUCGCGUGAGUACCGGUGUAUCUCUGCGGGCAUCAUUUCGUGUUUACUGUUGACACUCGUACGUUCCGUUCCUGAACAGCACAAGACCUCUUCUGUCUACUUUCCGGUUCGCCCGGUGUCCCUUUUAACGACAGGCCGGCUGCACACUUUCCCCGACACGGCCUCGUUCAACCCCCCGGCGACGAUAUAGAGUCAUCCUGGUACACACUCCAAAAGAAGACCCAUCGUGUUUACAACGACCGACACGGAGGAUCGGUGGAAAAACGGCGACAAGAGAGUCGGAUCUGUGCCCUGGUGAUAUAGACACACGGAGCUGUCAUACAGCAACUAACCUUAGACAGAGCAGAAAAACACGUUGCUCUAUAAAUUUACAUGUUUUGAGUCUAAUCUCACAUGCAAGUGUCGCGUUCCUUCUUGCAUAUAUCUGUUAUUAAGUUGUGAACACCAAAACGUCAAACAUAUAAACUAGGCACGUUUUGUGCAAAGGCAAGGCCUCGUCUGCUAACUCCGAUAGCUCCAUCGCUAACUCUCAGCCUGGCUUUAAUCGGCACCUCUAAUCUUAUUAACAGUGCACUUUUUGACUUUCAUUCAACACUUGGUUUGUACUGUACUUCAGUGGUUUUAGUUUAGUGAGAUAUUGGUACAACAUAGUAGUAUCAUUGGCAUGCUUGCUGAGAAGGAAGGAAAUAGAGUUGUCAGCCUUUAUUUUCUACCGUUCAGUCUGAUUUUCUGUUAAUUCCUAGUUUAGGGAAAAUAAAUCUUAUGUUUUGGGCUGGUUUCAGCUGACCUUUGCUCAUUACCAAAUUAAGUCCCUUGCGUGCUUCUUGCUGCAACUCGUCCGGAACAAGCUGCAUGCACUGAUACGGGAAAGACUUGAUUUAUAUUUUUGUAUCAUAGUUCAGGAGACAUAUAGAUCAGGGUCAGAUAUCCGCAGAAGCCCAUACUACUGUUUAGCCAUGAGUAUUGAGAUUCCAGUCGGCCUGACGGAGCUGCUCCAAGGCUACACCGUGGAGGUGCUGCGCCAGAGACCGCCGGAUCUGGUGGAGUUUGCCGUGCAGUAUUUCACCCGCCUGCGGGACACCCGAAGCCAAGACGGGUCUGGAGCCGCCGCCAAAACCGGGGGUAAAGGGGUGAUGUUUGAUGGCGAGCCGAUGCAGACAGAGUCGAACGGCGAAGAUGACGAGGACGAUGACUCAGAUUUUGAACCUCCUCCCCCCAGCAGAUUUAACCGAAGAGUGUCGGUAUGUGCGGAGGCCUUUAAUCCCGAUGAAGAUGAGGAAGACUCUGAGCCGAGAGUCGUGCAUCCAAAAACAGAUGAACAGCGUUGUAGAUUACAAGAGGCCUGCAAGGACAUACUGCUGUUCAAGGCCCUCGAUCAGGAGCAGUUUUCAGAGGUGCUGGACGCCAUGUUUGAGGUACUUGUGCAGCCGCAGGAGCAUGUCAUUGACCAGGGAGACGAUGGGGAUAACUUUUAUGUAAUUGAGAGGGGUGUGUAUGAUAUUGUGGUAAAGAAAGACUGUGUGGGUCAGUAUAAUAAUAAGGGCAGUUUUGGAGAAUUGGCCCUCAUGUACAACACUCCACGUGCUGCAACCAUCAUUGCUAAAGAGGAGGGAGCGCUGUGGGGACUGGACCGGGCAACUUUCCGUAGACUCAUAGUGAAGAAUAAUGCGAAGAAGAGAAGGAUGUAUGAAUGUUUCAUCGAAUCAAUCCCUCUGCUCAAGUCACUAGAGGUGUCAGAGAGGAUGAAGAUCGUCGAUGUUUUGGGUGUGAAAUCGUGUCAUGAUGGCGAGAGGAUCAUUAUGCAGGGCGAUAAGGCUGAUUGCUUUUACAUUGUGGAGUCUGGAGAAGUGAAAAUUAUGAUGAAGAGCAAAACAAAAGCAGACAGACAGGAUAACGCUGAGGUUGAGAUCGCUCGUUGCAGUAGAGGGCAGUAUUUUGGAGAACUUGCUCUUGUCACCAAUAAACCGCGAGCUGCCUCAGCCUACGCUAUAGGGGAUGUCAAAUGCUUGGUGAUCGAUGUACAAGCCUUCGAGCGUUUGUUUGGGCCCUGUAAAGAGAUCAUGAAGCGGAACAUCGCCCACUAUGAGGAGCAGCUGGUGGCUCUGUUUGGAUCCAGCGUUGACCUGCGGGACUGAGACAGACUUGGCCGUGCCUUACACACACACACACACGCACACCCACAAAAUACAACACAAGUUUAUACACACUCAAAACAUUUUGUAGGUACACAUUCCUUUUUAUGUGCACUCAUACUCCAGCCAACACACACUUAAAUCAUACCUCACACACACAUCUACUUUCAUUGCGUCAGCUGCUCAGUAUGAAACAAGCAUUACCAACCUAACUGCUGUGACCCUGAACCAACCACAGCCUGGAGAGGACAUGUAUGCAUACACACACCCACACACAUUCACUUACACCAAAAAUCCCCAGCCAAGGACUCAGCCUUCAUCAUGGUCACCUGCAGUCAAAACAAAGAAAAGUGAUGCGAUAAAGAAACAAAAAUCUAUGUUUAACGAGAAAAGUUGAUAUCUUUCAAUAAAAAAAUGCAAAAAAGUGCAAAAAUUUUAAAGUUUUAGAGCAUUUUAUGGUAAUGCAAAGCUUUGAUAAACUCUUGUUUAAAUAUGACCCAUUUCCUUCCCUGCUGUUGGUGCAUAAAAGUAUUUGCAGGUGGUAUCCACAGUGACAGAUUUUUCUCAUUUAAACUCCACGUUGUAUUGAUUAAUGUAUUACUAUUAUUAUCAUCAUCAUCAUCAUUAUUCUAUAUUAUUUUCUUGAAGGUUGACUUUUUGUUACACCGCCCCCCCAAAUUGGAGGAUGCAAGGCAAAAUAUAUUGCAGAUUUUCCCUUUAUUCUUUCUGAACGAGUCAGCCUGAAAAAUAAAUAAAGCAGACAUUUUGGUAACCUGUGUGUGUGCGUGCAAUGAAAGGUUUGGUCUGUAUUUACAUGAACAGUGCCAUUUAAAUGUCAGGAGUCAACUUGGUGUUUGUAAACCUUGAAGUGGAGGCACCAUGAAAGUGUUUUAGAAUGGAGUGUUCUUUUAUUUUCAUUUAGGAUUGUAGUUGGUUAUUGUUUGUUGGUUAUCACCACUGAGAGUUGGCUAGUUACAGCAUUUACUGAUUGUUCUUUUAAUAAACUUUGGAUAAAUCA